CAUGAAUCAACAACACAGCGACGUUAGUCUGACGCUUUCUUCGACGAGAUGUCGAAAGAAGAGUUGAACGAACGGAAGAAGCGCGUCUUCGACUGGGUCUUUGGACAAUCAAAAUCCCAGCCACGGACAACACCGGCACCACGCUUCAUUCCUCCCAGCCAGAAUUCUGGAGGUCCUCUUACGAACUUCACUCAUGACCGCAAUGAAUCAAACCAACACAUAGAUCAAGUCCUUUGGGAUCGAUCAUGGCGUACCGUCACAGAAAAUUUGGCUCUCCCUGAUUACCCGUCACAUUUAGAUCCAAUUCAGUCAUGGAACCCAGAGAUGAAGACUGCCGGUGCAGGAUUCAGCGAGGCUCUCCAAGAUCUACUCAGUCCUCAAACUCGACUUCCCCGGGCCACUUAUACAGAAGAUAUCAUUGCGUGGUAUACAAGUCAAGUUAGACAUCACUUCAUGCGUCAAGUACUUCCGAUCUUACCUGAGUUGCAAGAUGAAAUUGCUCCGCAAGUGUUAUACAAGACCAUUACGAUUCUCGAAACUGUUCACCGUCUCUACCUCAACAGAUUGUCCAUGAUCCUUGAAGACGUAACAUCUAUGAGGCAUCUUUCUUCGCCGAGAAUCAUGCGAAGGUUUCAUCGAGAUCUCCAUGCUGUAAUCAGCAACUUGGUCACGCCAAAGAUAGCAGCCUCGCUACAGACCGUUUUGAAGUGGAACGUUUCUACGAUUCUUGGACUUCCCUCGGAAAGAGACCAGAGAAAGCGUCAGAUGUUUGUGCCGACUGCCGAGACCAGAACCACGGCGAGAGUCCGCGAUGAAUUGCUAAGGAUGAUCGAAUCAUUACGCAAUGUUGGUUUAGCAGGGGAGAAAUUUCAGAUCAUGUUUGCCGAGAUCAUGAAUGAUUUAAUGACCGACUAUGUCUUACUGGGCUGCGAAGGCAUCUGGUCGGAUCCCAGGGCUCAGAAACGUCGCAAUGGCCGGCGCACGCCAGCUAGCACCAAUGAUAGACAAGAGUCGAUCCUCCCACGAACUGCCCAACAUGCCUCCCCGUCGAAGUGUGUUAGGGAACUAUGUGAGUGGAUUGAGAACAGAUAUGCUAAGCUUGUAGUUCAAGUAUUCCAGGUUCUCGACGGGACCGAAGUGAAGCAUGCCAAAGGACCAUUGAUACAAGUAGAGAAGUGGAAAGAGAUAAGCAUUGGUCAUCUUGCUUCACUGCGAACUAAUGAGUUAUUCGAUAUUAUUCUAAAAUGGCCUCAUAGCAGCGCAGCAUUGGACGAUCUCCGAACAGCCAUCACCACACCUCAAAGACGAUUGCAGCUUACGAACGUAUUUGCUCAGACCUUGAACGAGAGACUCCUUCAUCCUGGCGCAUCAACGUUGCAAAUCCUGCAGACCUACAUCUCCAUGAUAUCUUCGUUCCAUGCCCUUGAUCAUUCGAAAGUUCUCCUGGAUCGUGUUGCAUAUCCGCUACAGCUAUAUCUAUGUUCGCGUGAAGAUACUGUCCGAAUUAUCAUCACUGGGCUGUUGUCAGACGCGGAAGAUCUGCAGAGGAACCCAGUAGGGUCUGGAGGAGAGAAACUCGUCGAAUUGGCGUCUUUGUUGAAUGAGGAUGAGGAACAGCUAGGGCAAAAAGCGAAUGACGAGGAGCUAGACUGGCAUGAUCCAGAUUGGUUGCCCGAUCCUGUAGAUGCUGGACCUGGAUAUAAGAGGUCGAAAAACGCAGAUGUGAUAGGGACAUUGAUCGGUGUCCUUGGUUCUCAAGAUGUUUUCAUCAAGGAAUUUCAGAAUAUCAUUGCGGAACACUUAUUGAAGAAUGAUGGGGGCUUUGAAAGGGAGGUAAAAGUCCUAGAGUUGUUGAAAGCUAGAUUCGGCGAAGCUCCCCUUCAGAGUUGCGAGGUCAUGCUCAAGGAUAUCCAAGAUUCUGGGAGAGUAGACACUGUCAUCAGGAGAAAUCAGAGACUUGAUCCCAGUGAUGAGGAAAUCCGUAUUGCCAAUGCUAGCUUUGAUCCACACGAGGGAGUCGGUCUCGUCCCAGAAGGCGUGCUGAAGCCGUCUUUGCACGCAAAGAUUCUCUCUAGACUCUUCUGGCCACAACUCCAUGAUGAAAGCUACAGAGUCCCCGACAGCAUCAGAAAGCUUCAGAAACGCUACGAAGACGGCUUUAGAUCCCUCAAAGCUUCCCGAAAACUCACCUGGCUUCAUGCCUUGGGCCAAGCCACUGUGGUACUCGAAUUGACGGAUCGCACGAUCACCGAAGAGGUGCAUACCUGGCAGGCCACUGUCAUCUGGGCCUUCCAGAGUGACCAGCCGGACGACGCCCCCGUGCGCAAAAGCGUGCAGGAACUUACCGAGAAGCUAGAGAUGGAAGAGGCACUUGUUCGCAGUGCUCUCAAGUUCUGGGCCAGUAAGCUGGUUCUCGAGGAGAUUGAGAAAGACGUCUUCUCUGUCCUGGAGACCCUCAACCAAGAAGAUCGUGCUCGAUCGAAUGCCCAGGUUACAGCAAGUACCGCAGCAGUACCAGAUGACACUGCAUUGGUGACGAACGAUGGAAUUACGCCGGAGAAGAUGCAGAUGUAUUGGCAGUAUAUCCAGGGGAUGCUGAAGAAUUCAUCGUCGCAGAUGCCGCUGCAGCAGAUCGCUAUGAUGCUAAAGAUGCUGAUCGCAGAUGGGUUUCCCUACAGUAACGAGGAGUUGCAGGAGUUUCUCGGAUGGAAGGUGGCGGCAGGCGAGCUGGAGUUUGUUGGCGGAAAGUACAAGCUGAAGAAGUGAUGUGAUGCAUUGGGAGGGAAUCGGAUGGGGAGUUUCUGGCAUCCCCGACUGGAGUGUCGGUCGGGAUCUACUUUCAGCAGGCGUCUGUCGCUCGGGAUUGAGAGCAACAGAGGCACAGGAGGCACGCAUCAGAUAUGCCAAGCCCCAUGUAGUAAUUGCAUCCUGGCGAUGACCGACGGAUAGGUAGCUCGCAAGGUAGCAGAUAGGUAGCAGAUAGGUAGUUUUUACACGGACGCCCGAAGCGUCAUGAGUAAUAAUGAUACCAGGUAGCGACCCGAAUGCUGAAG